AUGUCGGGAACUGACGCAUCCUCAACGCGUGCCCCCACUGUGGCUAAUCCGGAAGGCCCAUGCCCUCCCACAUGCUCUUUAGCAUGUCUGGCAGCGCGCAACGGCGCAGCGUGCUGCCCGCGAAAUGGUGCCUCUCUGUCUGUUCUCUCCUCUCUUCGUCAUGUGGCUGAUUCUCUGAAGGACUGCGUGAGACAAACCGGCAUGUACUACAACAGUUCAGCGAGGACUGGCGCUGCUGCAGGCGUGUCACCGUUUGGAAGGCGAGGCCAAUUCGUACCGCCUUCUGGGAUGUCCACGGCGCAGAUAACGUUGCCGGCGGCUUAUGGAUCGCACGUUUCAGCCUCUCACUCUCGACACAGCAUACCAGAUGUGGAGGGAGCCAUAAACAGAUAUGAGCGGAGUUACCAUGCACGACUCGACGGAGGGCUCUUGGAAGACUACGGCAGACGAGCCGCUGCUCCGUCGUCAUCUUCACACGCGCAGCCCACAGCGACAGCAUAUUGCUCAGGCGUAUCUCCGGCGCGUGCGGCCGGGAUGCGAGGUGAUUUCCGGGUGGAUUUAGCUCGCUACGACGAUGUGCAGGAGGUGUAUCCUCAUUUGAGUUUUUUCCUCGACGCAGGCGCGGUGCGUCACUCUCUCCAGGUGACCGCAGCCCUGCACUGUGAUCAGGACGCGCGCCAGUGGCGCCAGGAGAGAGAAGACAUGCUCCACCUGCUUCGCCGCGUCCCCCCGCUCCACAUGGUCGACGGUUCUCUUGGUGGGCAACCGGCCGCCGCCGCGCUCGACCCUGAAGGCAUCUCGACACGCGGCGACACGCUGCAGCUCACUGGCGUGCCGGCUCCGCUCCUGCGCCAGUCCCCGGCGUUGACGCCUCCAGAGUGCCGCCUCGUGGAGUUUCUGCGGCUGGUUCAGAGCAGCGCCUUCUGCUGGCAGAGUCCGGAGUCGCGUCUGCCGCUGCAUCUCCUCCUGCAGCUGCCGGGCGCCGCCGCGUCGGCUGCGGUCGACGCGGCAGAAGAAGGAAGGACCAGCAGCCAACUCUCGCUGGAGGCGGAGGCGAGACGCCUCCAGAUUGACUCCGGCGCGGAUACCGCGUGUCCGCCUUUCUCCGUUGGCCGAGGGGCGGUGGAGGAUCCCUGGCGCGCCCUGACAGCCCCACAGCGCCAGCAGUUCACCGCGACUUUUCGGCAGAUCGUUGGCUGUUGCCGUCUCCUCGCUGACGAGGCCCGGCUGCGCAGCGGGAACGCCGAGACGGAGGGCAGUCUCCACGGCGCGCGACCCGCAGCGUUUCUCCACGCGCUCGUCGGCAACUCGCUGGCGGCGCUCGAGUUCGGAAGGCGGCAGGAGCUCGACAAACUCGUAGACCGCUCGGCCGCUGGAACCCGCUGGUGGGCGGAGUGGGGCGUGGAUGAUGCCGGUUGGUGCGCAGGCGCAGACGCGGCGGCUCACGUCUGGAUUUUCCUCGCGAAAGCCGAACUGCAGGAAGAGCGAGGAGGCGCGCACCGCGAGGCGACCGGAGGGGGAGACGAUGCCGCCGCGGAGCCAGAGGAUGAAGACAGAGACGCGAUCUGGUGGCGUGCGGUCUACCACGCCUUCCGCACAGCAGACCUCAAGUGCCUCAUCGCGCUGGGAGCAGGAGACUUCCUCCCUGCUGGGGGGUGCUCCCUCCCUGAAGCUUGCGCGGCGGUUGCCGCAGCUGCGGCGGCGCCGAUGGACUCUGAGUCUAAGAGGGCGGAGGAAGACGCCGCGGGGGGCAGUGUGCGUUCGAAUCGCAGGCGCACGCUUCCUCCUCAGCCCCCGAUGCUGCCGUUCGUCUGCCGCCACCUCCUCUCGCGUGUCCUGGGUUCAUCCACGGAAGCCAACAGACGCAGCUUGACUGACAUUGCGGUCAAUGAAGAGGAACGGAGAAGCGUGGCGGACAUGCUGGGAGUCCUUCCUUCGGUUGCCGCACUGCAGCCGCCAUCUUCGUCUGUGGCUCUCGGGAGGUUGCUCCUUCUCUACCCGCCUGAGAAGCUUACUGGCGGAGAAGGCGAUGGAGCUGCGCAGAAACAGGCAAAGCGGCGCACAGAUGCCUACCUGCCUCUGCUCCUGUCGCUGGUCAAUCCAAGCAUGUGGCCUCCCGUCAAUGUCGCCGUGUGCCUGCGGCGCUUCUCACAGGACGACUUUCUGCACUACAAGCUGCACCUUGCCCUCCUGCAGUCGGAUCAGGCCCUGGAGCCGCAGGCGGCUUUGUCUGCCUCGCUUCUCGAGCUGGCUGAAAAGUUUCGCCAACGGGGCGCAGCGUACUUUGACAGCUCUCUGUCGGACGGCUCCAGACUGGGUCGCGUGUACGUCAACGCUGGAUACCCGAUGAUGCUUGCUGCCUGCGGCUGCUUCUUUGAAGCGGUCACGUGGCUGAUGGAGAAUACGCGCGUUCUCCGCCGCGCGGCGCUUCUCCUCCUUCUCCUUCUGCGUGAGUGUGGCGCGGCUCGCCACCCGCAGUUGAAGAAACUCGACCCGGCAGUCCCCAUCUUCGAAGACGUCGCGGACCGUGGAGCAGCGGAACCUUCCGCGGCCUUCAGCCGCCUUGUCGAGCGCGGCCUCGAGGAUAGCAGUGUGCUGGCAAAGAUCGUCGUCAUGACGGUCCUUCCGCGGCAGCUGUGGAGUCACUUGAGCCGCUCCCUGGUAUCACACCACUUUGCCCUGCUCUCGUCUCCGCUCGCGCUCGGCUCGCUGUCCUGCGACGAAGACGCGAUUCUUCCGGGCCUGCUCAGCGGCGUCCUCGGCGCCGCGUCGAGGCCCGCGCCAGGAAGCCAGUUGCACGCCGCUGGCGAACUCGGCGCCGCGGGGAGUUUGGCUCUCGAUCGGAGCCGACAGCGGCUGCUUUCCCGCCUCUACGCUGACAUCAGAGACGAAGGCAGAAGAAGAAGAGCCCUUACCGAGGCCUUCGUCGCUGCGUGGCUUCUGUCUGACUUCCGCUCCUGCGAGGAGAUCCUUGCCGAUGCUCUCGAGGGGGAUGUCUUUUCGAACUUUCAUUGCCCGCCGGACGACACCGACAGCAGGCGAGCAAAGUUCUUCCUCGCCGCGUAUCCGCUUCUGCAGCGCCGUCUGCCGCAGCGAGGCAUCGAAGACCUCGGCCCGGCGUGGCUGCAUGCGCGGAUAAUGUGGCGUGCGCGCCAAGGCGAGUUCCGCGCGGCUCUAGCUUUGUUCGUUGACCUCAGCCGGUCGUCGCAGCCGCCGCUCGUGUUGCCGCCCAGCGAAGGCGUUUCCUGGAUGGAUGGAGGCCUUCGCAGAGCAGCCGCCGCCCGCGUCGCGCGCUUGGUCGACUGCGUCGCCUACCUGCUCGUUCGCCUAAUCGAGAGAGGAGCACCCCUCCCAAGCCUCGUUUCCCGCGAGGUCCUGACCGAGCUGCAGGAAACCUCCAUGAAGCUGCCGCCCUCCGCCACACGCAGGCUGCACCAGACUCGAGCCACGCUCUAUGAGCUCCUGCGCCGCUACGCAAACUCUCAGUCCCCGCCGCCGAUUCUCUGA